UAACAGAUCAUUAUAUACCACUAUCACCUCUUCUGGCAUAAGCUCCUCUCCACCUAUUUUUAUACAGUCUAUGCUCUCCACCUGUUUUCCUGUUUUCACUUGUCUCUAGUUAUCUGGGCAUGCCAAACGUUAGCCUAUCAUUCGCCAGUUCAUUAGGCUACUUUAAAAUUCAAUAUGAUUAAAAAAAAAUAAAAAAAAAAACUACAGAGCGGGGAAAAGACAGAUUAGCACCCGAACUAUUUGUAGGAGUAUCCUAUCGAUUUACGGGAAAAUAACUCCUUACCAACUCUCCUUUAAAUGUUGACUUCCUGGAGUUAGGUUUCGUUUCACUUUUCUUUUAACCAAGCUAUAGCCUACCUUUGAUCUCGUCCAGAAGUUUAACUUCAUUUAUGAGGUAGAACAAGAGAGUGGAGAAAAUUGGUUGACUUGUUCAGCAGAUAUUUUCAAAGAAAAUGGCAGCGCCCAAAGGGCCCAAUGUAAACACAUUAAAAGAGGCGGAAGGCUUGGCGCAGGUCCUGAGCGAGGUCCUCAGCAGCGGGGACAAGCAGGAGGCGGCGCUGCUCGCCGAGAAGCUUGCCUCCCUCCACGUCCCCGUUUCGGUGCGAAUCUGCCCGGAGGCCUAUGCCAAGGACACGAUACAGCUGAAGGUGGGGUUAGAGGAUGCCCAGACUGUCAACUCUGCUCCCAUCACCAUGUCCGUAACACCGGGCAUGGCCAUCUCAGAUCUGAAGAAUGAGGUGAACACCAGGUUCGGAUUCCACCCGCGUCUGCAGACCUGGGUGAUCGGGAAGCGCAUGGCCCGGGACGAGGAGACGCUGUGCAGCCACGGCGUGAAGCAGGACGGGGACCAGGCCUUCCUCUACAUCCGCUCAGCGCAAGCGGCCCAGCUGACUCGCGAGCAGCACAAGCUGGACGCGGAGAACCGCCGCUUGGAAGGUAUUAUUGAGACCAUGGACAAGCACCUGGAGCCGAGAGGUGCAGGGCCGGGCAGGGCUAGAGAGCCAGCGAACCCCCCACUGACAGCGUUCCCCAAACCUAAAGGUCCACCCGCCCCACCGCCAAAGCCACAGUUGGGCUGGUCGUGUCCCGUGUGCACGUUCGUGAACAAGCCGACGAGGCCAGGGUGUGAGAUGUGUGGCUCGGAGAGACCAGCGAACUACCAGAUUCCAGACCUGUACCAGCCGGACGAGGAGGAGGUCCUCCGCAUCAAGCAGGAGGAGUUUGCCCUCAUGCAGUACCAGCAGGCCCUGGAGGAUCAGAGGCAGAAGAAUUUUCAGAACCUGCUGCAGACGGACGAGCACAGUCUGGUGCCCAACGACACAGAGCUGGAGUGCCCCGUCUGCUUCACCGCGAUCUUACCAGGAGAUGGCGCCAUACUCCGUGAGUGCCUGCACACCUUCUGCAGGGAUUGUCUGAAAGGAACCAUAACCAACAGCAUGGAUGCAGAGGUGACCUGCCCUUUUGGGGACGAUACCUACUCCUGUGACUGCAAGCUGCAGGACCGAGAAAUCCGCUCUGUGCUCUCCCCGGAGGAGUACCAGAAGUUCCUGGAACUGAGGCUGAGCAUCGCCGAGACGCGGAGCGAGAACAGCUUCCACUGCAAGACGCCCAACUGCCAGGGCUGGUGCAUCUACGAGGACGAGGUCAACGAGUUUGUGUGCCAGCUCUGCAACAAGACCAACUGCAUCCUCUGCAAGGCCAUUCACGACGGCAUGAACUGCAAGGAGUACCAGGACGACCUGCGCAUCAGAGCGGAGAACGACAUCGCCGCUAAGCAGACUGCAGACAUGCUCAAUGCCAUGCUGACCUCAGGAGAGGCCAUGCACUGCCCCAAGUGCAAGAUCAUAGUGCAGAAGAAGGACGGAUGUGACUGGAUCUGCUGCGUGAUGUGCAAGACGGAGAUGUGCUGGGUCACCCGCCAAGCCCGCUGGGGUCCCCAGGGCCGUGGAGACACAUCAGGGGGCUGCAGGUGCAGAGUGAACGGACCCUGUCACCCCAACUGCCAAAACUGCCACUGAGGGCAUUCCUCCCCUCCACCCAUCCUCCUCAUCUCCACCUCCUCACCUCAACCCAUCCUCCUCACCUCUACCCAUCCUCAUCUCUACCCCCUCCUCACCUCUACCCCUUCAUUUUUACUCUCCUAAUCUCCACCUCCUCACCUCUACCCCCUCGUCACCUACACCCAUCCUCCUCAUCUCUACCCCCUUCUCACCUCUACCCCUUCAUUUUUGCACUCCUGAUCUCCACCUUUUUGCCUGUACCCCCUUUACCUCCUCCUAAUUUUCACUCUCUUCAUCUCCACCCAUCCUCCUCCUCCUGGGGUGGUCCGAUUGCUGCUUUACUCUUCGUAGCGUGGAAGAAUGUCUGGGAAAAAGAAGAGUUUGUACUAUUUAACUUGCUUUGGUGAAGGUAGAUUGCAUUGACACUCCAGUUAUAUAGAAAAUGAAGGAAGUCUCAGUGUGCUUAUAAAGCAUUGUACAGUUUCUGACGAGGUUGGUAUGUACUUUAUUUGAUUCGAUGUAGCACUUUCCAGUUUUUAAAAGAAAAAUUACAGGCAAUGUUGUGAAUAUGGGGUGAACUUAUAUCAUGGCGUUCCAAAAAGCAGCUCUUUGCUAAAUGAACAUUACACAUAAGCAAAAUAGUGGCAGCGUAGGGUGCUUGUCAGGUGGAGGAAUGGAUAUAAAUUGUACUGUAUAGACAAGAGACAAGCCAACUUGCAGAUACUUAGGCACUGUGCAAUGCAAAGUGGAACAAUUAAUAGCAACAGAAACAGAUGGGAAAAUGGAGGAUUGCAGCCAUGCACUUUGACCGAUCUGGCCAAAAUGUAUUAGUGCUGUUCUCUUACCCUUCUCCAAAGCAUUCGCUGUUAUCAUUUAAAAUCCCAGCCAUAAGAUUCAUGCUUCGGUAUUAAACCAUCCAAUACACAUUUACAAGGCAUGUUCUCACACCAUUACCUGAGUUCAGUGGCAACCUGGAAUACAGUAAAUACCCUUUUGUACUAGCCUGGAGUACAAACUGCCAGGAAUUACUAGAAGAUCUUUAUUUCCAUUUAUUUUUGCUUUGUGAAUAUUAAUACUGGACAGUUCAUGAGCCUCUUGGGGCCUGGAGAGUAAUGAAACUGAAUGUGAUAUGAGUCACAUUUAAAUACAUUUGAUGAUAUUAAGUUUGGUUUAUCAACGUGUGUUUAAUAUAGUGUGAUAACUAUGAAGAAAGAAAUCAGUUGACAAAUUGCAUUCAAUUCUACUUUAGUUGUAUACUUGGAUAUAUAGACCUACUCAAGGGGGAGAUUUAAUCGAACAAAUUAAGUGUGAAGUGUUUCAUGAACAACUUCAGUUUGAAAAAAAAUGAAAAUCUUGUAAUAAAUGAUUACAAAAACAGCCUACAGUACAAAGGCAACUGUACAAGCACGGGGCCAUUGGCCAUUUUUAAACCAGAUACAUCCUGAUCUGAAUAAAUGUUGCAGGAUGCAACUUCUUGCAAAUUUUGUAGAUCCAUCAAUUCAUUUACCCAUCUCAUUUUUUUUAAUCAUGUGCAAUUAAAAUAAUUAUUUAAAUAGUUUCCCUUUUUUUGUAUUUUUAAUAGACCAGAAAACAGACUCUGCUGUACACUAUGACUCAUCUGUUGGCUAGCAACAAGUUGCUGCAUCACAAAGACAGAGCACACAUCACUAAUUCACUGAGGCUGUUGAGCUCAACAGCUAACAUGCAGCGUGCUAACAAGCAAGGACGCCAAAGAAUCAGCCUGUCCAUGAGCUGAGUCACCCGUUGUUCACCGUUUCGGGGUUCUUACGUUUGUUGGGUUAUUUAUUGGGUUGGUUUCGGGGGGGUUAACCAUUGAUUGAUUUGAAAAUUCAGUCUAUCUAGCCUGUGUAAUCAUUCUGUAAAUCUUCAUCUGAAAUCAAAAUUUUGGUUUAUUCCUUUUCAAAAAAUCAGUGCAUUUAGCCGUGUUCUUAUGGAAUGUAUACUGUGAUGACUUGCAGAUGAUUCUAUGAUGUUGACUGACUCUUCAUUUGAAUGUCUGAACAAGGGCAUAAUUCCUAAAAUCUUUUGAAGCAAUCUGAUCAAUUUCACAUUUGUGUUUACCCACACUGAUCUUUACAUUAACAUGUUGACAGAUGUUUAGAAUGUUACCCAUUCUCAAUUGUGGACUUCAGAAACUUUUCUUUUUUGAUAUUUGCUGACAUUUUAGAUAGAAUAGGUGUAGACAGAAUAUUUCCUGGACAGAGAUGCGAUGUCUUUCUGCAUGUCCUUAAAAGUGCCACGCAACAGAAGACGACGGCAGUUCAUGAUGUAGACCGGAGGACAUCCCAUAAUGAACGCCUCCGUGUGCUGUGCUGAGCUUCCUCGGUCCUGUUAAGCUGGAUAAAAACACAUCACAACUUUUCUUUGUAUAGGACUAGAAUGAACAUGCAAAUGUAAGGUAGAAUGGCCGAAGUCUGGUGGAAAAAUAAAGUGUUUAUUUUCAAA